CAAGACGCCGCGUCGCGCGCUCCGCUCGGCCUGCCGCUCAGCCCUCGCAUCUCCAAUCGAAAAUUACGAACGCUCGCAAUCUUAUAAUCUAACCGCACAAAUACGAACCGUCGCACAUAAAAAUUUAACUAAACAACCUCUUCUCCUGACACAAAAAUACACUUCGUACUAUAUCUGAAAUUAUCAAACACGUGUUUAUAUAUAGUUGGCGCGAACACGGUGUCGACUGAUCCACGUUUUUCACUACGAGUGAAUAAAUAAUUAGCGUCCGACGACGUCGCGAGAAAUUUCACUUUUUACCGGCGAAGAUCUGUUGCUGUCUAACCUUCUGGACCUGUCUGCACUGGAUGGACCACUGAGCCGAAUCCACUAUAAUGAAAUUUUACCAGAGUGGAAGAAAAAUUAUAUAUUCAUCGAACUACAAGCACAAAAUAUAAACAGAAGCAAAUUAUUUCCUCAAUUUGAUAUCGAAGUGAAAGUGUUAUGUUUAAUUCAUAGUGACUGUUAAAAGGGUAUAAACGACCCUGUGAGGACAAAAAUGGUUGUUAGUGACUGUUGGGUGCUCAGAAAUAUGGAUGUCCGACAUUCAAUAUUCAAACUUUUAUUAUUCCAAAUUUUGGUGGCGUGGUGCAGCGCGAAGCAUGUCACGAUAGAAAAUAACCUACCGAGAGUAGAGAUUCUAUCGAACGAUGUAGAAAAUGAUGUCCAGGAUAGUAUAAGAAAUUUAUUACACAAUGGUUUAUAUUCUCAUCAGCAUUUGAACCCAUCAAGUCUACAAGUGACGACGCCGGUGAAGGUGACGUAUGAGGGCGAAUUCGUGUCGCACUCCCUGGACCAUGAGCAUCCGCACGGGCACGCGCGCGCGCGCCGCGACACGCACGAGCGCGGCCUGCCUCAUGACCUGCACUACAACCUCACGGUCGACGGCCGGGACCUCAGGCUCGACCUGCGGCCGUCGGUGUCAUUCGUUGGACCAGCGAUGAUCAUAGAGCGGCACAGGAUCAGCGGGCGCACGCGCGAGCGGCCGAAACCUAAGGCCACGGCCUGCCACUAUACGGGCGCCAUCCGGGGGCAGCCUGCCUCUAGCAUCGCGCUCUCGGCGUGCGAUGGACUUGCAGGCCUUCUACGAACAGAACACGGGGAGUAUUGGAUUGAACCGUCCAAUCAAAUAUCUUCUGAUAGUUCGCAAGGACGGCCUCAUGUCAUUUAUAAAAGAUCUGCUCUGAUGCAACAAGGCACUCAUAGAGGCAAAAGAGAAGUAGAUACGAGAACACAUUCCGAUAGACCUACUCAAAGAUUUAGCAGUAAUAAAUACACACAAAAUCAGCCAAACAAGUAUUAUGACACGGCAAGAAGGGAUAGACUAGCGAUGGAUCGUCGUCGGCGAGAGUAUUUGGAGGAAAGGCGAAGACGCUUAGAAGCGAUGAGAAGAAAUCCUACCGAGUACAGAAGUCAUCAAGCCAAGCUACGAAUGGAACAACGACGAUUGCAAGCAAUGUCUAAAAGUAUUUCAGUAGAGAGCAAGUCAGUGGAACAGAACUCAGCAUUAAAGAACGGGAACCGAAAAAAAAUCAACAAUGAUAUGAGAUUGCGACGAGUAAAAAAUAGACGAAACAGACGUAGGCGAUCAAAGAAUUGCGCCACGAAGCAGCCGCCUUACCAGUGGAAGACCAAAGACAUGGAUCAUCAUGAGCUUGAGCAACAUAAAAAUAAAGGACAAAAUAGGAACAAUCAUUACAACAGCAACUAUCGUCGCGGCAACCCCAGAAGGCAGAGACGGCCAACACGGUCAGUGAGCAAGCCUCGCCAUGUAGAAGUGUUGCUGGUAGCAGAUAAGUCCAUGACUGACUUUCACGACGAAGACAACAUAGAGACUUAUCUCCUUACCAUUAUGAACAUGGUGUCAUCGCUCUACAUGGAUCCAUCAAUAGGAAACUACAUCAAAGUGGUGGUUGUAAAGAUCAUCUUCGUGGAAGACCUAGGAGCAGCUCCUGACUUGGAAGUGACGAGUGACGCCGACACCACGCUGACGUCAUUCUGCCGGUGGCAGCAGCAACUGAACCCGGAUGAUGACGCCAACCCUCAUCACCACGACGUAGCCAUUCUCAUCACCAGGCAGGACAUUUGCAGUCAGCACGGCAACCCUUGUAGUACGUUGGGCGUGGCGCACGUGGCGGGCAUGUGCAAGCCGGACCGCAGCUGCUCCGUCAACGAGGACAACGGCAUCAUGCUGGCGCACACCAUCACGCACGAGCUGGGACACAAUUUUGGCCUGUACCAUGACACGGAGAAGAUCGGGUGCCAUCGGCGCGAGGGAUCUACCCUGCACAUCAUGACGCCAAUCUUCGAGGCUGACACCGUACAAGUGGCUUGGUCGAGAUGCAGCAAGCGGGACGUCACCAACUUCUUGGAUGCUGGCAUGGGCGAGUGUCUGAGCGACCGGCCGUCCCAAGACGAAUACAUCUAUCCCGAAGUCCCAGCUGGGGUGAUGUUUGACGCGGCUACACAGUGUCACCUGCAAUUUGGCGCGGAGGCAGUAGUAUGUGCGAAGCCAUCGGAGCUGUGCGAACACCUGUGGUGCCUCGUCAACAACACCUGCAAGACCAUGCUGCGGCCCGCCGCGCCCGGGACCACUUGUGGACCUGAUAUGUGGUGCCAAAACCAGACGUGUGUAGCCCGAACUCCAUCACCCGCGCCGCGUCACGGCGGCUGGGGCCCGUGGAGCGAGUGGAGCGAAUGUUCGCGCACGUGCGGCGCCGGAGUCUCCACGCAGUCGCGCAAGUGCAACAACCCGGAGCCCUCCAACAAGGGCAACUACUGCAUCGGAGAUAGGAGCCGGUGUGUAGCCCGAACCCCAUCACCAGCGCCGCGUCACGGCGGCUGGGGCCCGUGGAGCGAGUGGAGCGAAUGUUCGCGCACGUGCGGCGCCGGAGUCUCCACGCAGUCGCGCAAGUGCAACAACCCGGAGCCCUCCAACAAGGGCAACUACUGCAUCGGAGAUAGGAGCCGAUACAAGAUAUGCAAUACGGAUCCAUGUCCAAUCAACGAGCCGACGUUCAGAGAAGUGCAAUGCGCCAAAUACAACAACAGAACAUACAAGAACGUCACAGUGGCCGAGUGGAUACCUUACUUCGACCAAGACAGGCCGUGCGAGCUGAAGUGUGUGCCUCGCGAUGACAGCGACCUCCAACUGAUGUCGCCAGCCUUCGUGGCCGACGGAACACCCUGCAGGCAGAGCAUUGGCUCUAGGGACAUGUGCAUUGCUGGCGUAUGCUACAAAGUUGGCUGCGACUGGGAGGUGAAUUCCGACGCAGAGGAGGACGCUUGCGGCGUAUGCGGCGGCAACGGCUCCGCCUGCAAGACCGUCAAGGGCAUCUACAGCAAGGGCACCACUAAGCAGUCCGGCUUUAGCGAAGUUGCGGUCAUACCAGCCGGCUCAAGAAAUGUGAAGAUUCAAGAGAAAGUCAGUCCUGGAAACUACAUCUCCAUUGGAAGCGCGAAGUCGAGGAAGAUUUAUUUGAGUGGAGCAAGAAAUACCACUUUGACUGAGUACUUCGUGGCUGGAGCGCAAGCAAUCUAUGAACGAGAUCGCGAUUGGGAGAAAGUGAGAAUCUCAGGACCAAUCGAGGAAGACAUCAAAGUUUAUCAACGAAUAUACCGCGGCCGCCACCGCAACCCGGGCGUGACAUACCAGUACACGGUGGACCGGCAGCGGCAGCGGCGCUUCGGGUACCGCCUGUCCGACUGGUCGCCCUGCUCCGUGACGUGCGGCGUGGGCUACAUGCGUCGUCAUUACGAGUGCGUCGACGAACACAACCGUGAGUACAAGGCUUCACAUACGAAUAUACCGCGGCCGCCACCGCAACCCGGGCGUGACGUACCAGUACACGGUGGACCGGCAGCGGCAGCGGCGCUUCGGGUACCGCCUGUCCGACUGGUCGCCCUGCUCCGUGACGUGCGGCGUGGGCUACAUGCGUCGUCAUUACGAGUGCGUCGACGAACAUACCGCGGCCGCCACCGCAACCCGGGCGUGACGUACCAGUACACGGUGGACCGGCAGCGGCAGCGGCGCUUCGGGUACCGCCUGUCCGACUGGUCGCCCUGCUCCGUGACCUGCGGCGUGGGCUACAUGCGCCGCCACUACGAGUGCGUCGACGAACACAACCACCUGGUAGAGCAGUCGCAGUGCUACCACAUCGAGCCGCCGCGGCACGAGGCCCUGAUGCAGCAGUGCCGGCCAACCGCCUGCCCGCACUGGUGGGUCGGCGCCUGGAACCACUGCUCCAAGCCCUGCCAUAUGCCGGGCGAGGAGGCAACGAAACAGCGCAGCGUAUACUGCGUGGACAAAGUAUCAAACGGGGUCGUGGAAGACUCCAAGUGCGACGCGGCGACCAAACCGAUCAGCAUCAUCAAGUGCGCAGACGUCCCCGCGUGCUAG